AUGGUCAAAGUCCUCAUUUCCUUCAGCGUGUUGGCCGGUGUUGUUAUGGCUGGCUCCGUCACGGAACUCCCCGAGUCUGUGACCAAGCUUAUUGACUACUCCAUCAACCCCUGCGAAGACUUUUACCAAUAUGCGUGUGGCGCAUCCAGAGCUGACGAGAACGACUCGACCAAGAACGCCCUCUUCGCUCACGAAGACCCCCUAUCGCUGGCUUACAUAUUUUACACCAACCCUUCCGACUGGAAGUUCGUCGAAGCCGAAUACAAGGUGUACAUUGCGACGGUGUUGCAGCUAGCUGGCUACACUGCUGAGCAAGCGGCGGCUGCCGUGCCGGUGAUCAUCCGUUUCGAGCAAACGCAGUUGGGUGUCGCCCACAGGGAGCUCAAGGAUAUGGAAGCCGUUGUGUCCCCGUAUACUGCGUUGACGUACUCCCAACUGGACCAGAAGUACCCGCUGCUUGUCGGCUCGUGGCUCAAGGCCCACGGUUUCGACAUCUACGACCAGUGGGGUGGGUCGAAUGACUGGGUGGGGUUUAAGGGCUUGAAUUACUUUAACAGGACCGAAAGGUUGUUGAAGAACACGACGCUGGACAACCUCCGCACCAUCGUGGAGUACAAGCUCAUCCACGCCUCGUCGAACUACUUGACCCCUGAAUUCCGCACGGCCAAUUGGAACUUAUUCGGCAAGAAGAUCUAUGGACAUAAGGUGGAACCUACUCGUGAAAACUACUGCAUAUCUGAGACGAGUAAGGCCGUGGGAGAUCUCUUGGGCCAGUACUUCAUAGACGCGGUGUUGUCGGCUGAUGCAGCCAAGACGGCCGACGAUCUCGUCAAGGCCUUGAAGUCGUCCUUCUCCACUGGCAUUGCCACUUCCGAGUGGUUGGACAACUCGACUCGCGCCAACGCGCAAAAGAAGCUGUCCAAGCUUAUACACUUAUUGGGUGGCCCAGAGAAGCCGCAGCUGUACCCCACGCUCACGUUCGACUCGAAGGCGUAUUUGAACAACCGGUGGAAGGUAUCUCAAGUGAACAUCGACACCAACUUGAAGCUGAACGGACAACCUGUGGAGAAGCGCAAGUUCAACCGUGCCCCCUUUUCGGCGAACCCGUACUACAACCCUCACGAUAAUGCAAUUGUGUUUCCGGCCGCCAUUUUGCAAAAACCUUUCUUUGACGGCCAAUUCGACGCCGCCCAGAACUUUGGUGCCAUCGGGAUGGUCAUCGGACAUGAAAUUACCCACGGUUUCGACAAAAGCGGCCGCAAAGUCGAUGGCGACGGCAACUUGAAACAGUGGUGGUCGAACGCCACCAACGAUGCGUUCAAGACGAAAGCCCAGUGCUUUAUCGACCAAUACUCCAACAUUGUCGCCAAGAGCGAAGUGACUGGCGAUGUAUUGGGCAACAUCAGCGGCAAGGACUCUUUGAAUGAAAACAUUGCGGACAACGGGGGGCUCAAGUCCAGCUUCCGCGCGUACCACGAGUACUUGAAGGAGUUCCCAUCCCAGUACACGGAAGAAGCAGGCGACAAGUUGUUCUAUUUGUCGUUCGCCCAAUCCGCGUGCUCCAAGAACACGGAUGCCUUCCUCCUCAGAUCUUUGAAGCAGACGCACCCGCGCGGUCGGUACCGCGUGACAGGGGCGUUGCAAAACAACGCUGAGUUUGCCCGUGUGUUCCAGUGCCCCACCGACUCGACCUUGAACCCGUCCAAGAAGUGCUUGUUGUGGGAAUAG